AUGUGGACAUGGCUUGUGCAGAGUCUGGGCGCAGGCCUCCUCCUCGCGCGGGCGUCGUAUGCGGCGGUACUUGUUGAUUUCCAGGUCGCGCAGCCACCCCCGUUGCUAGUGCCCUCGAGCGCUCAGCAGUGCACCAUACAGAUCCUCGAGCGUACAUUCGGGAAUUCUUACGGAGAUCCAGAGAUUGUGCAAUACACUCCACCGACGGAUUGUGGGGCAGUCGGUUCGUGGGCUGGCAUCAGUCUCAACUUUACUGUGACUUCCAACGGAACUCAGUAUGACCGGCUGGGAAUUUUCACCUUCCAAAACGUCGAGAUCUGGCGAACCUCCACGCCGGAGCCUACUACGGACGGUAUUAUUUGGACAUACCUCAAGGACGCGACUCGCUACCUUCCGCUCUUUUCGGAACCGGGUACCUUCAUUUUGGAACUAGACAACAUACUUGCGACUGGGCUCAACGGCCAGUAUGCCACUACGCUCACUGCCACGUUCUACGCGUCGUCCGACGAGUAUCCGUCAGCACCUCGGGCUAACACAAUCAUCCCUUUGAACGUGACUGUCCCGCAAAAUGCCGUUGCAAUCUAUGCUGAGCUGUACGCAUCUGGUAACGGCAACGAGGAGUUCUGGUAUUACAACGUGGCCAAUGACUACUUGGGUGACCUCCCAAGUGGCCUCACCUACGGCAACGGACCAUUCGUGAGCGGCGUAGCGUUCCCAUACGCUGUAAUCUUCACAGGGGGGAUUCACCCACAGCCUGGAGGUCAGCCCAUCACGUCAUACGGCGCCCUGGACCUCCCAACCUACUUCAUCGACCUCACGCCCUUCGUACCCGUCCUCACUGACGGCCAGCCGCACAACAUCAGCAUCGAUGUUGUGUCGGCCGAAACCAACCAUACCAUCAACGACAAUUGGUAUGUAUCGGGUAACCUGCAGGUGGUGACGGACUCGUCGUCAGGCCCAACUACUGGCAACAUCACCGUGUACAAUGUGGAGCCAUAUGCUGAGACGUCGACUACGGGAACUGUCGGCGACAACGGCGAUUUGACAGUCACUGUGACUGCUAAGCACAGCAUCCAGAUCCAGUCAGAGUUCACGAGUGGGAGCGGACAGCAUACCUCCGUCAUCUGGACGCAAGACCUGGAGUACUCCAACACGCAGUACUACAUGGACAACUUGUUGGUGAACAAUGUCGCGCAAACCGCCACGGGCUCCUUCCUGUCCACGCACAACGGGGUCCCGGCAUUGAGUGAUGACUUCUCCUACCCCCUGUACAUCAACAUGACCUACUUGGAUGACAAUUACGACUCGUGGACUGCCGAUUUUGACCAUUCAUACAAUCGCGUCUCCUCGCCGAGUCCCUUCAUCCUAGGAUCCACGAUCAACGAGCGGCAGGUUGCAACCUCGUACUUCGUCGUUUCGUCCAACGGCAACUACGGCAAUGGCACGAACAACAACACAUUCAACUAUGUCGAUUCCGACGGUGACACGUACUGGCGGAACGUCGGCGCUGCAGACAACAAUGUCACUUAUGACAGCAUCGGCGGUUCGCUUUCGGGCAGCAGUCCCUUCAUGCUUCCGCUGUCCGCCCCACUGUCACAGGGAGUGAUGGCUAAGCCGAGGCUGCCAGGGGGAAAGUAGUACGGACGAUGACUUCUACUUCCAUUUUGCGGACAAAGUAUGCAUCGGCAUCAUCAGUGCAGCAGACAUAUGUACUGCGAUGGCCCGACAUCUGGAAUUCCUCGUAGGAUUCUACAUACACAU